UCUAAUUAAUUUUAUGCUGCCUGUGCCAGUGUGCCUGACCAGUACCUGUGACUUUGUGAUGAGCAACAUUCCUAUGAUUCCUUCUCUUAGCUCAAGUAGUAGUAGUAGUAGUACCAGGGCAAGUUUUGGCAGAGUAUGUGAACUAUGUUAUAGACGAGCACCUUGGGAUCUAUUGUUAUUGACGGAGAGUCUUAAGUGUCGCUCUGCUGCUGAACAUAAUCGUCCGCGACAUGUGCUAGUAACAGAGCAUAAAGGCGUACUGGUAAGAAUAAGGCAACUACCGCUGGUCUACCAUACUCAUUUAAAACUACCACUCCGGUUGAGGCCGUCUCCACGCUAUUUUAGAACGUGCUACAUGGCUGGAUUGGGUUGUCCUGGUGUAGAGGAUUGUCAUUGGCCUCAUAGCAAAGCAGAGAAAAGAGUAUGGAAAAAUUUGUCACUCGAUUGUAGUAAAGGCUUACACAGUGAAAAGAAUAGUUCUCUAAAAGACAUACCCAACUCCCCUGAUUUGUCUAGUGACAUGACCUUACCUAUUAAACUAGAAAACUACAAGACAAAAUAUAAAUCCUUGCUCUUUCAUGAGGAAGAAGAGCAUAAGAAUAUCAUUGAUGAAAUAUUAAACAGAAUGGAAAAAACAUACAUCAUUGUCACAUAUAGGCCACGUCAAUUAGCUCAAGAUAAUUUUGCUCUAUCUGCUUUUGUUGAAGGCCUUGAUAUUAGUCAAAUGACUUAUGCCGCUCAAAUGAGAAAUCGGCUAACUAUUAUGAGUACGAAUUCUUGUAUCAUUUGUGAAGCAGUUUAUGGCUACAAAAUUUCUCAAGAUGUACUUUCUAUUUCCUUUGAUUCAGAGAAUGCAGCUAAAUUUAUGAGAUUUUAUCCAAAGACUCAAUUUAAAAUCAAGUUUGAAGUCAAUCGUUGUUUAUUUGAAAGUCUUCACAAUGUUUUGACAUGUAUAACUGAUGAUGCACUAAAAAGAAUAAUCCCUUCACCUGAUGAUUUUAAACCUUUUAGCCUCGAACAUUUAGAAAUUGAUGCUAAUUUAAACAAAGAUCAAAUAUAUGGCCUAAAAUUGAUACUGCACACCAAAUCACAAGCUCCAAUUCUGAUACAUGGUCCUUCUGGCUGUGGAAAGACGCAUCUGCUUUGUGUUGCAGCAAAGUUCAUUAUUAAAGAUGAGUCGAUCACGCGUAUUUUACUAUCUUGUCAUCAUCAUUGCUCUGCCGAUAGAAUUUUUAAAGAAUAUUUUUUAGAUAUGCCAAAUGAUGCAACAGUUGUUAGAAUUAUCCAAGAGAAGUGUUGCUCCUCGACCCCAAAUGAGUUUCAGUUUAAUAUAUCAGACUGUAGCAAAACCUCAUUUAUUAAUCAUUUUUCCAAAGAGACAAAGUUAAUAGUAGUCACUGCAUAUGACACUGCUCUCAAAAUAUCGAAUGUAGCUCCUAAAGGUUUCUUUACUCAUAUCUUCAUUGAUGAGGGAGGCCAGGCAAGAGAAAUAGAUACGCUUGCUCCUCUUCUUUUAGCAAAUAAGGACACACAUCUAGUAAUUGCUGGAGAACUACAUCAGGUAUGAAUCUCUACACUUACAGUGCA